AUGUCGUACCUUUGUGGCCAUGUCGUAUUGAAGCCGGGCGAAGCUCGGAGGUCGGGAGGGGAUGGUGCCGUCUACCCUCUCUUCGACGUCCCCAUGUACUGCCUUGAAGCGCCGGCUCACUCAGUUGUACGACACAGCGGCAAUCGUACAGCACAUGGAUAUUCUCAGGACGACACCGGCGGCGACCAACGGUACGACAGUGAGUACUGGUGCGUGCUGGCAGUGCCGCUGAAGCCAGAUAACGUCAACAACAGUGAAUAUUUGGACUGGACGGCAAUGGCUCUUGUCGUACAGCCACAUUUCACGUUUGGUAAGCAGGAGGCGCAGUCCGCUGGCAGUGGCGGCGGCGGCACAGCCGCCGCUGCGGCGGUGGCUGCAGGCGCCUGCCAUGCUGACGCCAGCGCCGGAAUCCUCACGCGUGCAUGGUCACCUGUCGUACGCAUCCGAAUCAGCCAGGCGGGCGACGGCGCCGAGGGUGCCACUCCGGAGCACCUCAGCGAGCCGGUGCUGUCGGCGUUCCCGCUCUCAACGCGCCGCUCGACAUCCCUGGGGGCUCGGUCUGCGCAUGGCAGCUUGCACGGCGGUGGCGGAGGCAGCGAGCGGCGAGUUGGGCGCGGCAAUCGCCACAUUCGAAUAGCUGACCUCUUGUCGCUGUUUACAGCGGUGGCGGGGAGCGGCGGAGGCGGAGGCGGCACUGCUGGCAACGGCGACGACCCGGCUGGGGCUCCCGCCAGCGGACCGCCAGCGGAUGCUGACGAGAACGGCGUGGAACUCGCGGGGGUGAAGGCCAUGGCGGCGCAGGCGGCUGUAGCAGCGACGGCUGUAGCAGUCGCAGCGGUGGUCCCUCCGCGGCCGGCAGGGCUGACGCCGCCGUCGCCAGGCGCAGUGGCGGCGGGGCCGUCGGACUGCAGUACACCCGAGCCGCAGCACCGAGGACAAAGCAAAACAGACUGCGCUGGUGGCGGUGGUGCCCGUUCGGGAAACCUUUCUGGUGGCCCUACUUGA